CAUCUGGAAGGGUCACUGAUUUCUGUGUCCUUUUCAGGCAUCCAAUCCCCUGGAGUGCGACAUUUGCCGUAAUACGUACAAUGACGACCACUGCCCGAGGAUCCUCCCCUGCUCCCAUGAAUUUUGCAUCCGAUGCAUUGAGGGCCUCAUCUUGACUGAAAAGAGAGAAUGCCCUCUAUGCAGAACGGAAUUCAGCAACAGCUCAGCUGAAGACCUUAUGAUUAGCAGAGGCCUCCUUGAUGCUGCAAAACAACUUUCAUCCAUGCCAAGAGGAUCAAGUCCUUCGACCAGCGCUCCUAAGAAAUCUAUUCUGGAUUUUACUAAGGAUUUUCAGGAGAAUCUCAUCGGAAAAGGCAUCACUGUAUGCCGAGAAACAGAGGCUGAAGUUAAGGCCCGCACUGAAAGCAACUAUAGGUUGAAAAAUGAACUUGAGGGAUUCACUCAGUUGCUGGCAGAGAUAAAGUUUCCUAGUCAAGAUACUUUGAGCAAUAUUGAUGAAGACAAUAAGGAGCUGAUGAACAAACUGGAUAUUAUGCAACGGGAGCAGGUGAACGUGAAAGAGUCAGAAAGGAAACUGGAAACAGCAACAGACUCUGCUUCAGCAGGAGCUACCAUAGGUGAAGCAGGACAGCUUCUCCUUAGUGUUGAGAAGACUGCCAGCGAAAUUACGCAACUUCUUCAGGAGAAUGAUAGACGAAGAGACGACUUGAGGCAGGACACUCUAAGGAUCAAAGGGACCUAUGCAGACGCCAUGAAGGCUCUGGGAAGAAUAAUUGAGGAAUUAGAAGGAGAAGACUCUGUUGUGAACAUUACGGUAACUGACCUCCGAAGUCCUCACAGUCGCUUGAGAGGGGAUGCCCAAAGAGAGAUCUUUGCUGUGAUGACCUUUGAAGGGACUCUGAGAGUGGCCCCAGUCAAGAUUGAGCCUAACAAUGAAGUAUCUGUGCCUCAUCUUGAUGAAGGAGUUCUCCCACCAAGAUGCUUUGUCAUAGAGCUGGAGUCGUUGAUGCCAGGGGGGUCCCCUUCCCCUCCUCCAUCUACUCCCCCUCCAAUGGGGUUCUUGGAUCUGGCAUAUGGAUCCACCCCCCUGGGGAGGGUCGUCAUCAGGAUCACUACUAAGGGCUUGAAGGGUCGAAACUUCCUGUACAUGUGUGCGGGGGGGAUGGGGGGACCCUCUUAUGCCCACUCUCGGGUAUCUUAUGUAGGGAAAAAGGAUGAGGCAGGGGAAUGGAUACUACUAGGUAACUAUGUGUCCUUUGGAGGAAGAGGCACAUCCACUCGAGCAGUGUUGUCAUCGAGGGAGGAGGAUUGGGAGAGUGCAAAGGAGAGUGAUGAGACCUAUGAAGUGACGAGAGAGAAGGCGGGAGAGGUGAGGGGAGACAUCUCAUAUGAAAGAGCUUCGGAGUUCUGCAUUGUCACCAGAGAUGAUAAUGAUAGGAAAUAUAGAACCAGAAAUUGCUUCGGGGUGGUGGAGGAAGGACUCAACGUCCUGACAACCACCAUCUCGAAGUAUUAUCAAGACAUUGGAAAUGUCCAUAUUUCUCAGUGUGGCCUCAUUCUGUAAUUGUUUUUCCCUCCAGAUGAAGAAGCCUUUUUUCAGUUUGAGUUUAACUCUCAUAUAUUAAUAACAAUAAUAAUCAUCAUUUUCAAAUAAAGAUGUUCUUCUGAGUGCUAUUAGAACUGUUUCAUUUAUCACAUUAUUAUUAUUAUUAGUUAUGUUGGUUACGAAUUGUUUAUUUCGUUGGAGUG